AUGGAUGCGCUUAAAGAAUUAGAGGAUACUUUGGAGAAAACGAAAGUCAACGUGUACGAGACCAUAUUAAGUGACUUUAGCGUUGUAGACUUGCAAGAAACAGUAAGCCCAGCACUAGAAAAACUUAGGACACAACUGGCUAAAUUACAGGCAAUGCAUCGACCAAAUUUACCGGAACUUACAGAUGAAUGCGUCUCGAAUUCAAAAACGGAUAAAAAAUUAAUUCAAAGACGGGUCGAUGCUGCCGACUUUACCUUAUCGAUGUUGCUGAACUUGGUGAAGCUUCAUGCUUAUCUCGAAGAAUAUCAAAAUCUGAUCGAUACUGGCGAAUUUGGCAUUGCCGCAAGUUCACUUAAAGAAAUGCGUGAGAUGCUUGAUAACUUAUCAUUGGAAGGCGAAUAUGGAUGCGAUCCUUCCAUAUAUGCACUGAUAAAGGAUUCCUUCUUGAAGAAGCGUAGUGUACUCAUCCAUUAUAUAGACGAAUUAUUCUCAGCUUCACUGUCCAUUGCAAAUGAUAACAAAUCUGCUGAAAUUAGAGUUGCAUUCAGUGUCAAAGCUUCUUGUGUGCGAAGUUCAACGGAAACUUCCAUACCGCUCUCUAAUAUCUUAUCCACCUUAUCGUCAAUGGGAUGUUUGAAGGCAAAACUGAAGGGAUUUUCGAAUAAGCUCCUAGAAUAUGUAGUGGCGCCAAUCAUGAGCGAAACAGGCUGCGAAAUUAAGGUUUCGAAAAACGGCAACAGCGCUAUGCUUUCGUGCAAUAAAUCCCCCAAGCCUUCGGAAACAGUAACUUUGGGCCUUUCACAGGUUUUCACAAAUAUGCUGAUACUUGCUCGAUUCUUGAACGAAUAUGUCUUCAGCAAAAGUACUGCUACGUCUACAAACGGGGCUUCCAUUAUAACUGUGUUUGGGGAGAUAUGGUGGCAUGAUAUAUGGAAGCAUCUGGCGAAUUGCUUUCGAGUUUUCAUACCAAAUGACAAAGUACGUUCGAAUGAAUAUGAUGAGGUUGCGACGACAGCAAUAUCAUUUGAAAGAGAGAUGAUGGCAGUAGGAUUGAUCCCAUCAGAUUGUUACGCAAUAAGUCAGUUUGCGCAAAACUUUCAAUUUGAAUUUGUAAAGAAAAGACACGCAGACAUCUUGGCAAUAGCAAGGGAAAUUUUGGUUAGUCAAGAUAUGAAUACUGCGGAAGUGACGAAUGCAACUGAACGAGGUGGCUUGGGUAUUGCGAGCGAGACCAAAAAUAUUCGUGACAAAGAGAAUUUUAACGGCGAAAAGGAUUUUAAUGGAAAAACCAGAUCAUCAACAUGCGAGGGUUUACUGCACCUGCCAACAUGCCAUAUUAGCAUACAAGCACAGACAUUAGUGGAAUUAGUUUAUCAGACUCUAACCGAAGCAACAACAUCCAAGGAUAACGCAGCUGUAGAGCUAUACUGCUGUGCGAGGGACAUAAUAGAUCUUUUUCGUGCCGUUGUUCCCAUUCACCAAGCGGAAGUUUUAGAGACAGAUCCUACGCGUACUGCUAUCUUCUAUAACGAUUGUAUUUAUAUUAGUUACCACAUGCUAACACUCGGAUAUCAGUUCCAAAAGGAGCUUCCAGCAUCGUUACAAAAAUCUGCUACUUUUAUUGAUUUAAUACCACACUUUCAAAAGUUAGGGGAGAAGUAUUUUAAACAUCAGAUGAGACGGCAACGAGACGUAUUAUUGAAUACAUUAAAAGGAGCUGAAGGAUUCUACGAUCUGAAUGAUGAUAAGAGAUUCGAAAAGGUUGAAAAAACUAUCAGACAGUGUUAUUACCAACUAAAUCACUUGUCAAGGUCGUGGAAGCAAAUAUUGCCGACAGAACUGUGUUGCAAAUCUCUGGGCAUACUUGUUGAUACUCUUCUUGGGGGUAUCAUUGGAGAGGCAGAAUCAUGGUUUGAGAUUGUCAAGAUCAAAGGCGGAUUAUCACGUAAAAAGACUACAGAGCAGGUUCCAAUACACAAAUAUGUUUCUUGCUGGGACAAGUAUUGGCAAUUGUCAUACAUUCUUGGUCUUGAUCUUCCUGAAUUGUCAGAAAAAUUGCAAAAAACGUUGGAAUUCAAAGAUUUUACAACAAAAGAAAUACAAAAUUUAGUCGAGGCAUUGUUUGUUGAUUCGCCUGAUAGGAAAAGAUUGAUAUCAACGCUAAGAUAA